UGUCGCAUGCUAAUUAAAACGAUCCAUACUACAACAAUGGCCUCCAUGGUUAAUGUAAUGAGUCCAAUAGUUACGAGAAGUCUCAUCACCAAAUUCAAAACGCCACGACUCAAACCAGAUCUACCUUCUCUACAACAUUCUGGCCGGCUCAAUGCAAUCAAGAAUGAUCCAAGAAAGAUGAAAAAAGCUUCAAGGAGAAGUAUUGUGGUCUCAUGUUUAGAUCGACCUAAUUCUAAGUCUAAUAAAAUCUCUGGGUAUGAUGUUGUUAUGAAAUUUUAUUCCUCUAUAAACGUGAAGAAUCAAGAUCAAUUAAGUAGUUGCAUCUCCAACGAUUGUUAUAUCGAUGAUUUCUCCUUCGCUAAGCCUUUUCGAGGAAAAAGAGAAGCUAUGAGGUUCUUUGAAGAACUUGUGAAGAGUAUGGGACAAAACGUUAAGUUUUGUGUUGAAAAUGUGUGUGAAGGAGAUGGACAUAGUGCUGCUGUUAAUUGGCAUCUUGAAUGGAAAGGACGAAAAAUUCCAUUUACAAGAGGAUGUAGCUUCUAUGAAUUUACAGAUGAAGGAGGAAGAUUGGUUAUUAGAAAUGCGAGGAUUUUGAUCGAAUCGCCAAUUAAACCGGGAGGAGUCACAUUGAGCCUGUUAAAGAACAUCACAUUUCUGUUCGAUGAAUUCCCAAAAGGAGCUGAGUUGUUUUUGGAGAAACCUUAUGCUAUAGUCCAAUCAGCAAUACGAAUUUAUGGACUAUUUUUGGCGCCACUCAUAAACCAUGUAAUGGCAAGCUACUUGAAGCUAUUAAGCAACAUGGCUGAGUUCUUCUUAUUGGUCGUCAAAAUCAUCAUCAAAAUUCGAAACCUCUUCUCCAAGUAGAAGAAUCAAAUUGCAUCACAUGUUUCUUAUUCUUUAGUCAUCUUUUUAUUCCAGAAUUGAUUAUCCUAACCAUUAUAUGAUUUAUGUUGUUUAAAAUAACUAAAUCUAACAACCUUGAAAAAUUGUAUUU